AUGCAUUGGAAUCAGCAAAAAGUACGUCAGUUCGAAGGAAUUUUGGGCCUCGGCCGCCCAGACUUCAAGGAGAAGCAGGACGGUUCGUCUCAAGAGGAAUCGAUGGUUCAUGUGCCAGGCUUUUUUGAUCGCGCUCAUGUGCAGCGCUUCUCCAUGUGCUUCAACCGAAACGCUGAUGGCGUCUUAGGGAUCAACACGCCGCCGCAUCCCAAUGCUCUCAGCUCGGUCGGCAAGCUCCACUGGGGCCUGGAUUUCCAGGGGAUCUCCAUUGGUGAUCAGAAGAUGCAGGUGAGCUUUUGCGAUCCCAAGAGCAAGGAAGCGGGCAUGGAGACGGCCUGCGGCAUCAUCCCUGACAGUGGCACCACACUGAUCGCCGGACCUGAGAUGCAGCUCGGGAUGCUCUUCGAGGCGGUCUGUAACGGUUGGCAGCGGUGCAAAGAUACGCAGGCGAAGCUGCAGGAGGAAUUGCAGGACUUGCGGAAGCGGGGCAUGGCUGUGGACCAAGGAGACGGUAUGGGCACUCUGGCUUUUAUCCAGCAGGAGCCCACGGAGUUCUUAGACCUGGUGGAGCGUGUCAUUCGCCCAGAGGGUCUCGGCGUCGGAAUCCAAGAAGAACGAGGCCCACCAGAAGCUGGCAUCAAGACCCUGGAGCAUCCGGGUCUCCCGAUGCGUCCACCGGGCUUCGUGCCCACAAGCGCAGGAGCGGUGGAGGAGGCCAAAUGCUCGGGGACCAGGCAAAGGUGGAAGCAGGAGCACUUCCAUUUCAGCAGAUCGUGGACGGCUCAGAUUUUGAGAUGCCUCCGUCCGUGA